CCAUCAAAUUUCUCUCUCUAAACAUCUAUCACCAUGAGGGUCAGCUGUAAUGGUUGCCGAGUCCUUCGCAAGGGCUGCACUGAAAAUUGCUCCAUCAGACCCUGUCUUCAAUGGAUCACCUCCCCUGAAUCCCAAUCCAACGCCACCCUUUUCCUCGCCAAGUUCUACGGCCGCGCCGGCCUUCAAAAUCUCAUCAAUGCCGGCCCUCCUCAUCUCCGCCCUGCAAUCUUUAGAUCUUUGUUAUACGAGGCUUGUGGAAGAAUAGUGAAUCCGAUUUACGGUUCAGCCGGUUUACUCUGUGCUGGGAAUUGGCAUCUAUGUCACGCAGCUGUUGAGGCUGUUCUAAACGGUGCACCAAUAACCCAAGUAUCACCGGAUUCCGAUGAAGGUACGAUAAGUCCCCCUCUAAAGGCCUGCGAUAUCCGUCAUGUUUCCAAGGACGAUGAAUCUUCUGCGUCUCGUGAGCUUCAUAAGGUGAAGACGAGUCGUAGCCGGUUCAAGAGAACCGGUUCGAAACAGAACAAGAAAGUUCCAGUUCUGGAAGUUGAGUCUGCCGUAGAUGAAGCUGCACAAGUUAUGUGGAGCUGGUCACAUCAGAAUCCGAACCCAGAUCGGGAUCGGUCCGGGAGUCAUGACUCUGUCAUGACUCAUCGAGCUGAGCCACCGAGUCUAGAUGGUGGAGACGUGGUUUCUAUGGAGGCUUUACUGUCUCCGUCGAGAAAUAGUGACGUUGAACUGGAGCUAACUUUAGGUUCGAAACCGAGCCUGAGUCUGAGCCUGAGCCCGAGCCUUAAAACGAAGGAAUUUUCAAGAGUGACGCUAGAAGAGGAAGAAGAUGAAGAAGAGAACCAAUUGGAAAGUGACAGGUGUGAAGUUGAACUAGGCCUUAGAUGUUCUCCGGCCGGUGUUAGUUAAUAAAUAAUACCUAGG